UAUCGGUAUGUGUACAUACAUAGGCUACACGAAUUAGAAAUGUCCAAAAAUGAAACACAAGAAAUACUACAUAAAAACUGUACCCCAUAUCUCUACUAGUCCACUAUUUAUUCAUUGCGUGUUGUUUUCAAUUAAUCUUUUUACAUAGUUGAGGUUUAAAGUGAGACAGAAAAAAAAUCAAUCAAAAGAAAACAAAGUGUUUGGGAAAAGUAAAAUCACACAAUGAAGAAAACCAGUUCAAAUGAAUCAAAAUGUUAACAGACGGUGAUAGAUUAGAGCCUGUAGUAGAUAUAAGCGAGUCUGACGAACAAGUAAACUUAACAUCACCUCCGUCCUCUGAUGAUGGCAAUGACUUAGAGUGCAACCUCUGUGGCAAAACAUUCAUCUCCAAGAAGACUCUAAAACGCCACUUUCAAGUGCACAACCCCAGCAAACCUUACGCCUGUGAUAUAUGUAAUAAGCGUUAUAAACGUCUAAAUGAUAUUAACGUUCACAAAAAGCUGCACAGUAGUAAAUUGAAACUGACUUGUGAAAUCUGCGAUUUUACUACAUUUUACCAUUCGGCUAUCACUAAUCAUCGAAACAGGCAUGCAGAAAAUUACAAAUACAAUUGUGAUCUUUGUGGAAAGGGGUUCUUUGUGCGAACGUGGUUUUUAGAACAUAUUAAUUUUCACACGGGAGAAAAACCGUUCAAAUGCGACCUUUGUGGGAAAUGUUUUAUGUACUCUAGAUACCUCACCGCACACAAGAAAGACAUGCAUUCCACACUGAAUGGAAUGAAACCUAUCAAUCAGUGUCCUUUUUGUGAACAGCUGUUUUCCCACAAAAAAUCCUUGCAGCAUCACAUGAAAUCCCACACAGGAGAAAAUAAAUGUCUUUGUGAUAUAUGUGGCAAAGAACUGUCUAGUCGUGAUCAUCUCAAGUUACACCGUCGCAUCCACACAGGGGAAAAGCCCAACAUGUGCAGCGUUUGCGGAAAAGCUUUUGCAAAGAGGUGUAACUUGAUCAGUCAUGAGCGCAUUCACACCGGAGAACGUCCAUAUGUCUGCGACUUGUGCGAGAAACGGUUCAACCAACAUUCAGCUCUUGUGAUUCACCGGAGACUACACACAGGACAAAGGCCAUACAGAUGCAACAUUUGCCAGAAGACUUUUGUCUGCCAGUCUACGCUCACUACGCACAUGAAAGGUAGUUGUGUAUCCAACCGAUCUACUUCAGCCCCAUAAUUUCAGCGGUAAACUUAUAAUAAGCUCUUUGGUGGUUAAAUAUGUCUAUAAUUCAUAAAGUUCUAUAGCUAGAUACAGUGGUCAACAGGAAUACUGCAAAGCAAUAAAGCUCUCAUGUAUGACCUAAUGAAGGUGAGUUUGUAAAAGCCUUCUCUGUGGAUACAGAACGGUGAAGUAGACAUUCCAUUCCCAUGUUAUAUUUAGCCUACUAGUUAGCACAAGAAGAACUUAGUUGAGUUGCGCCUUCAACAGUGUGUGCUUUAAAAAUAUUGAUUAAUUUACUAAACAGAAACUUUUAACUAAAAGUGCAAACUAGAUAAUCUUUUAUGUCCAUUUCAACUAUCGUGGUAAGAUAAACUGAAACAAACCAAAAUAUAACUUCAAUAGUGGCACACUGUAUGACAGGCCAUUCAAGUACGUUCUCUUUGAGUAAAAAAAAAAAAAAAAAAAAAAAAAAAAACUAGAUAGAUGGAUGGGAUAUCUACUUCAUUGUUCAAAGUCAAUGGUUAAUAAAGUAGGCCUGUGUAAAAAAGCAUCACUGUUAGGUAACCUUAGUUGCUUUAAUGUCAGCAACUCUAAAAGUUAUGAUAUUUUAGUCUUUUCCUAGUCAGUACAUGGGCAUUUUCAAAUAUUUGUGACAAGAGUGGCGUAGCGUAGUUUAUGACUAAGUAAAUUACUAAGAAUUGAGAUAUUCACUCUUGGGUUUCGUUUUCUUAAAAUUGUGGUUGUGACCUCCUUAAAUCUUGAAUCCACCAAUGGUAGGCCUUCAAUAACACAAGUUCAGUUGGGCCUAUUUGUAGCCUGUAGCCUGCUAUAAGUGGUAAGGUCAGAACUUGUUAUGGAAUAUAACUUUAUAGGCACCUUUCAAAAACUGUUUCUCAAUACAGUAGAUCUUAACCGACUUGCAUUAACCGAUGAUCGGAUUAUCCGCUCUCGCUUAUAAAAUAUUACAGUUUGUUUUAACUGACUUUGCUGUGAGAACCAAAGACUAACUUCAACUAUGUUUUGACUAUGCUCGGUUUAACUGCUGCUUUCUAGGAAUCAAAACAUUUCCGCUCCAACGCUCUGCGAUGGGCACAAUACCGUACACUAAACUAUGCAGGAUGUUACUGAACAAAUGCCCGUUGUCCAAGAAGCAUCUGUUGUGUCCGUUGCUGAGAAAUAGACGCGGGCGAUGAACGCUCAGUGAAUGCUAAGCAUUGAUUUCAAUGGGGCCGUUGACCAAUUAUCAAUCAUUGAGAUGGGGACGCCACCUAGGUGCGUAUUUUAACCCAAAUAUGAGUGAAGAAUGAGUGUAGAAUGUUGUGAGAUGAUCUGUGUAGCUUUGUUACUGACUAAGAUCAGCUGUUUCAUUAGCCAGGAUCAUUUAUUUUAAGCCCAAUGAUCAGGAACAGCUGGGUCCAGUUUCGAACCAUCAAAAAGCUACUGACUUUCCUCAGGAUCGAACCGGAACUUAGGAUAAACCAAGAAGCGCCUGACGUGGGGCACUGCUCCCGGAGCAGACGGCUGAUGGCUGAUGGCCAGCGUCUAUUGUGUAUACUGCAUUGUUGUGUUGGUGUUACCCUGCACUCUCAAGCUUCCGUGUGAUAUUUUUUAAGAAUGUAGUCUUGUUAUUGGGUAUGGAGUGCGAUUGUAUCAAGUUUUUAUAGAUCCUCCUCUACCAAGCCGCAAAUAAACUUGAAAUGGUUCUACGAAAAUCUAAAAAAACAAAAUACACUCUCGUUUGCGUUCAGAUGGUUUUUAAUCACUAUUUUAAAAUGUCCUCCCUUGGAUCUCCUUGUGAAUAAACUGUGAUUACAGAAUCGAGGUUUACUUGUAUUGUCAUACAUUUCCUCAUCUUCUAUUUCUUCAAUCAACAGAAACUUCGUCAGUUUGUUCUGAAGACUCAUUAUGAGAGCACUAUACACACUACAAUAGCAUGGUCAGCAACCAACUAUUGAACUUAAUAGACACAUUCUUGGACAAUGGGCUCUAAAGCGAUCAACGCCCAGUGAUCAUCGCCUGUUGAUCCCCGCUCUGUGAUGAUCUCUUCAGACGCGUCUUAGAUAUUGCACGAUUACCGU